AUGACUGCAGCAAGCACUCAAAGAGUGGGAAACCAUUCCAGCUCUCAAAUUGAAGAUCCUACAGAACUAUUGCCGAUCACCUCGGCACACUCCAAUUCCCCUACGGUCCAGGAGUUCGAGGAAGAUGAAAAAGGCCAGGAUACCAAUGUUCAAAGCACGACAGAAGAGCCAAUAGGGAAAAGAAAUUAUUGCAGACGCUUUGUCAAUAUUGUUUCAUGGACACCGCCGCGAUGUCGAUGGAAUACAGAGAACCCGAGUAAAUUCGGCAUGCCUUUGAAUCUCCUGUUCGCAUUCUCGGGGACUUUCACGGUUGCCAAUCUAUACUAUUCGCAUCCAAUUCUCGAUGUUCUUGCUCAAUUCUUCGACGUUUCGCAUGAACGAGUCUCAUUGAUCCCGACCUGCAGCCAGGCUGGAUAUGCGACGGGACUAAUCCUUCUUUGCCCUCUUGGGGACUUGGUUCGAAGAAGACAGUUCGUUUUGCUAUUGACGCUUAUUACUGCGGUAUUGUGGAUUGGUAUCUGUGUCACCGAUUCAUUCGAAAUAUUCCUUGUUCUAAGUUAUCUAUCUUCGGUCACGACUGUUACUCCACAAAUCAUGCUCCCUCUUGUCGGGGAUCUCGUCCCCCCAGCUCGUCGCGCAACAGCCUUGUCAAUCGUAUCUUCCGGACUCGUCCUGGGCCUUCUCUUUGCCCGUCUACUCUCAGGCAUAGUCGCAGAGUACUCACACUGGCGAAAUAUCUAUUGGCUAUCACUGGCCCUCCAAUUCCUCAUUUUCGCUCUUCUGUGGUUAUUCAUGCCCGACUACCCAUCCACAAACACCAACAUCUCCUACUUCAAAAUCCUAUAUUCCAUCAUCGGAUACUACUGGACAUCCCCAGUGCUUGUUCAAGCAACCCUCAUGGGAUUCUUCCUCUCAGCCACAUUCACCUGUUUCUGGACAACACUCACCUUCCUCCUAUCCGGCAAUCCCUACAACUACCCAACCCUGACAAUCGGACUAUUCUCCCUGGCAGGCCUUACGCCCAUGUUCCUGGGCCCACUCUACUCACGCUUCAUGAUCGACAAAUUCGUACCGCAAUUCUCCAUUCUAAUCAGUCUCAGCAUCCUCAUCACUGGCGUCAGCGUCGGUACCUAUACGGGCACGUUUAGUGUCGCGGGCCCGAUUAUCCAGGCUGCACUACAGGAUUUCGGUCUGCAGAUGACGCAAAUUGCCAAUCGCGUUUCGAUAUAUAGUGUUGCGCCCAAGGCGCGGAAUCGCAUUAACACGGGAUAUAUGAUGGGCGUGUUCUGCGGUCAGCUCAUGGGUACCUCUGUUGGAAAUCGUCUCUACAGUCAGGGGGGUUGGAUUUUGUCUGGAAGUGUCAAUCUGGGGUUUAUUGGGGCGGCGCUGGUUAUUUGCCUUCUUCGUGGGCCGGUUGAGAAAGGAUGGGUUGGAUGGCAUGGUGGCAUUCGCAUCCGACGAACAGAUGCUUGA